CUUAAAUGGCUUCAUGGUGCACAAAGUGUUCAAAGAUAAACCAAUUUAUGUCAGGCCAUCAGUACAGAUAUUGGAACCAUUAAGCAACAGAAUCAACAAACCUGAACAUUUGAAUGAUCAAGACGACCUGUGUAUUGUGCAGGAUGACUCAAGUGAUGAUGAGUUUCUAAGAUCUGCGUUUACUAAUGAACCUCCUUGCAUUUCUUCGUAUCAACAUCCUGGAGUUGAGGAACACAGUGAAAUGGAAGUGACUAAUAAUCCACCUGCUGUCCAAGAAACCUCUUUGCUAUCUGUUGGUACUAUUUCAGACUGUUCUCACAACAAUGGAAAUGUUCAGAAUGAAGUUCAACCAGAAGAUCCAAACUCUGUUGAUAUGUCCAAUAUUUCUGCUGUUGAAACUCUAUCAGAAGUGCUUUUGGAAAAUGAAAAUCUGUCAACUCUUUUGAAAGUGAAAAUCUUCCAACAAGUAACAUUGUGAUACACCAAUCAAAUCUUAAGCAUAACAUGAUUGAUGCAUUUUGUGAUGAAGAAAUUUUAAAUUCAA